GCGUGGCCCGCGAGCUCCGAACCUGGCGUCUUGUUAACUAUCGCGACCCGACACAGCACUCAAUCAGUGAUGUUGUUGCGCAACUGACCACCUUCAACUCCCCCCUUCUUUGUCUGCACGAUCUGGUGAUGAGCUGGUAGUUGUCGCCAAAAUGUCUGUCAUUCUUUGCACAGCUGGUUACGACCACACCAUCAGGUCUGAAGUGCUGAUAUCUGCCAGGUUCUGGGAAGCCCUCUCUGGCAUUUGCUCCCGAACCAUCCAGCAUCCCGAUUCGCAGGUCAACCGAUUGUGUAUAUCUCCCGACAAGCGCCACCUCGCGGCUGCUGGUCAUCACACUGUCAAGAUCUUCGACAUCCGCUCCUCAAACCCUGCUCCCACUUCUGUCUUCGAGGGCCAUACGGGCAAUGUUACGGGUGUCGCAUUCCACUGCGACGGCAAAUGGCUGGUGACGAGCUCUGAGGACGGCACUGUUAAGAUCUGGGACACACGCACUGGCGUGAUCCAGCGGAGCUACAACCACGGCUCCCCUGUCAAUGAUGUCGUUAUUCAUCCGAACCAGGGCGAGAUUAUCAGCUGCGAUCGGGGCGGGAGCAUCCGGCUCUGGGACUUAGCCGAGAAUAACUGCGCGCACCAGCUCAUUCCUGAAGAAGAGGUGUCCGUGUCAAGCGUGACCGUUGCGACCGAUGGCUCUCUUCUCUGUGCAGCCAACAACGCAGGCAACGUCUUUGUAUGGCAGCUCGUCCAAGCCUAUGAGCGCACCCAGCUGGUGCCCAUGACGCACUUCUCGGCGCACAAGGAAUACAUCACGCGCAUCUUGCUGUCCCCCGACGUGAAGAAGCUGGCGACUUGCAGCGCCGACCACACCGCCAAGAUCUGGGAGGUCAAGGAGAUGGAGCCGGCCGGCCCCAACGCUGAGCCGCGGGCCUUUCCGCUCGAGGCCACGCUGACGGGCCACCAGCGAUGGGUGUGGGACUGCGCCUUCAGCGCCGAUAGCGCCUACCUCGUGACGGCCUGCAGCGACCACUACGCGCGGCUGUGGGAGUUGCACACACAGCAGAUCAUCCGCCAGUACAAUGGCCACCACCGCGGCGCCGUCUGCGUCGCGCUCAACGACUACUCCGAGACUCGCUAGGACCCGUCCGAGGAAGAUGUCGAUGAUUCCCCCAAGGCCCCCGAGUGCCCACUCUGCUUGUGCACGGCGUACCAAGCCCAGCAGAGAGAGUUGCGCCGACUGGAGUUGCAGCAGCGCGAACAGCAGAUCCAGCAACGCCGCAUGCGCAUGCUCCAGGCCGGCAAGCCGUCGUUGAUGCCGCUGCUGAUACGUGCUGCUGGAGGCGGCGCCAGCGCAGGUUGCCAGCAAGCAGACAACAACAACUUCGAUAACCCCACCAGAGAAGCGAUUGCAAUCACCGCUCGCAUGCUGGCGCCGCCCGCCCCGGUUCUGUCGCCGCACCACGCGACGGCCGCAGACGUUGACCAUAGACCCGACCCUCGCGCUAGAUCCGCUCCGCAGCUGGAGCCU